CAGCUAAAAUAUGUUAAUCAAUGGUUCCAAGCAACCUAUUUUUUUUUCUUUAUUCCGUCUCAAUUUUUCAUGUUUGAAUUCAGCGCCCCCAAAAUGACCUGAGUAUCAAACUUAGUUCACUUGUAACAGGGCCGGUUGUUCAACUCCAGUUUAAACCGCUGUUCAGAUUGAACUAAGUUCAAAGUUGAAAAUCAGUUGUACAAAUAAAGCUCAAGGCUUGAACCCAGUUCAAGUAGGCAUAGAACCUGACCGGUCGAUGUCCCUCGGUUAAACUCAGUUCAAUGUGAGUAACAUAAAUAUCGUAGCAAAGUUUAGCGAAGGAGUUGUGUGUUAAGUUUAAAAAUGGACAUUCCCGAAGAGAUAACUGAUGACGAGGACUUCUUAGAAUUAAUUACCAUCGUACAUAUACCCAGGUUACCCAAAACUUACAAACAGAGACCUGAUAAUUUUCGGAUUUGGAACGACACUCAAUUCUUGCAACAUUUUCGGUUAUCAAAAAGUACUGUUAGAUUCAUAAUAGAUAAAAAAUCAUUCCCUCACGCCAGAUGA